UUUGAAUAAGCGGUGAGAUCACCAAGUCAAGGGUCUUGGGUUGAAAAUUGGGAUGAAUCGAAACCAUCGUUGAUCAACGUAUGGAAGUUUCUCGAGGGAAACUUUAAACUUACUUAGCCAGCUUCAUGAAGGAGAAGCUGUGAAAUUGAGUAUGCCAAAGGACAACUUGAAGCUCACUUGUGAAAAAGGGCAGACAUAUUUUAGUGCUAAGAGAAUGUUUCCCGAACCAGCGAACGAACACUGGAAUCUCUUGGAAAAGUGGCUCGAAAGUCUCAUGAUUGAAGGCAUCGACGGAUUUAUGCCAAGGUCGAUAAUAGCCAAAACUGAGUCCGGCAUCGAGCAGGAGUGGGAAGAGAUGAGUCUAGAUGAGGAUAAAAAUAGUAAUGCGAACGAUGGGAAUGGGGCGACAAAUGGUGCGAGUACCGGUACAAAAGGCGAGAAAGAGUACGAAAAGGAAAAGGCACGAGAUGAUUAUGGUGAGGUUGGAAAUAAGCUCGAUGGUGUGACCGCGUCGAUUCAAAUCGUUCAGGACAAGUUAAGUAAACAAGAUGGGCAGAUGAGUGAAAUGAUGUCACUGAUUUAAAAAAUGUCGGAAAUCAUAGACAAAAAUGCUAAAGCAUACAAUAACACGGUUAAUACAUUACGGGAUGAACUGAAGGACCGAAGCAAGGAGAGAGAACAGGUUAAGGCUAAAUUGGGUGAAGUUGAAAGAAAACUUGAAACACAAAAUGUCCUUUUAAAC